AUGGCCACCGCGGACCGGACCCGGACUUUCAUGAAGGACGUCAAACGCGUCAUCAUCAAGGUGGGCACUGCAGUUGUCACGAGGCAUGAUGGACGAAUUGCUUUGGGUAGGCUAGGGGCUCUUUGUGAGCAGGUGAAGGAGCUGAACGCCCUAGGAUACGAGGUGAUCAUUGUGACCUCAGGUGCUGUUGGUGUGGGGAAGCAGAGGCUCAAGUACAGGAAGCUUGUCAAUAGCAGCUUUGCUGAUCUGCAAAAGCCACAGAUGGAGCUGGAUGGAAAGGCUUGCGCUGCCGUUGGACAGAGUGGCCUCAUGGCUCUUUACGAUAUGCUAUUUACUCAACUUGAUGUAUCCUCUUCCCAACUUCUUGUGACAGAUAGUGAUUUUGAGAACCCAAACUUCCGGGAGAGGCUCCGUGAAACUGUUGAGUCACUAUUAGAUCUUAAAGUUGUACCAAUAUUUAAUGAAAAUGAUGCCAUCAGCACUAGAAAGGCUCCAUAUGAGGAUUCAUCUGGUAUAUUUUGGGAUAAUGACAGUUUAGCUGGCCUUUUGGCUAUAGAACUUAAAGCAGAUCUCCUUGUUCUACUCAGUGACGUCGAUGGCCUCUACAGUGGUCCACCAAGUGAACCUCAAUCAAAGAUAAUACAUACCUACAUCAAAGAGAAAUAUCACAAUGAGAUUACUUUUGGCGAUAAGUCACGUGUAGGUAGAGGAGGAAUGACAGCCAAAGUGAAGGCUGCUUUCGUGGCUUCAAACAGUGGCACACCUGUUGUUAUUACAAGUGGAUUUGCAUCUCAGAGCAUUGUUAGAGUUCUCCAAGGAGAGAAAAUUGGUACUCUCUUUCAUAAGGACGCAAGUCUGUGGGAACCAUCCAAAGAUGUUAGUGCUCGCGAGAUGGCUGUCUCUGCAAGAGAAUGUUCAAGGCGUCUCCAGAAUUUGUCAUCGGAUGAGCGCAAGAAAAUAUUGCUAGACGUUGCAGAUGCUUUGGAAGAAAAUGAGGAUGUGAUUAGAACCGAGAAUGAAGCUGAUGUAGCUGCAGCACAAGAUGCUGGAUAUGAGAAAUCUUUGGUUUCUAGGUUGACUUUGAAGCCAGGAAAGAUAGCAAGCCUUGCAAAAUCCAUCCGCACUCUUGCAUAUAUGGAAGACCCAAUCAACCAGAUACUCAAAAGAACAGAGGUUGCUGAAGAUUUAGUCCUUGAGAAAACAUCUUGCCCGUUGGGUGUGCUAUUGAUCGUUUUUGAGUCCAGGCCUGAUGCCUUGGUCCAGAUUGCGUCGUUAGCAAUUCGAAGUGGCAAUGGUCUUCUCCUGAAAGGUGGAAAAGAAGCCAUGAGAUCAAACACAGUAUUGCAUAAGGUUAUAACUGGUGCAAUUCCUAGCAAUGUUGGUGAAAAACUUAUUGGACUUGUUACAAGUAGAGAUGAAAUCGCUGAUUUGCUAAAGCUUGAUGAUGUCAUUGAUCUUGUCAUUCCAAGAGGCAGCAAUAAACUGGUUUCACAAAUCAAGGCAUCAACUAAGAUCCCUGUCCUUGGUCAUGCUGAUGGUAUUUGUCAUGUAUACAUCGACAAAUCAGCUGACAUGAAUAUGGCAAAACGAAUAGUGAUGGAUGCUAAAAUUGAUUACCCAGCAGCCUGCAAUGCUAUGGAGACAUUGCUUGUUCAUAAAGAUCUUAUAAAGGCUCCAGGUCUUGAUGACCUACUGCUCUCUCUCAAAAUAGAAGGAGUUACUCUUUAUGGAGGGCCUGUUGCACAUGAACUAUUGUGCAUUCCAAAAGCAGAUUCAUUCCAUCAUGAAUAUAGCUCUAUGGCCUGCACAAUUGAGUUCGUUGAUGAUGUACAGUCAGCAAUUGACCAUAUACAUCGCUAUGGAAGUGGACAUACAGAUUGCAUUGUUACUACAGAUGAUAAAGUAGCAGAAACUUUUCUGCGCCAAGUUGAUAGUGCUGCUGUAUUUUAUAAUGCGAGCACACGAUUCUCUGAUGGGGCUCGUUUUGGAUUGGGUGCUGAGGUUGGCAUAAGCACAGGGCGCAUACAUGCUCGUGGGCCCGUGGGUGUUGAAGGUCUGUUAACAACACGCUGGAUCAUGCGAGGGAGUGGGCAAGUGGUGAACGGUGACAAGGAUAUUGCAUACACCCAUAAGAACCUUCCUUUGCAAUGA